AUGUCCGAGGCACCUGCUCUCAUCUUCGCUACAUCACAAAACGCCGAGUCCUACGCUAAGCCUUUCUGUGACUUCUUGACCGACAACCCUACCGUCUUCCACGCUGUUGCCAGCAUGGCCCAAGACCUCAAGCACGAUGGCUUUACCAAGCUUAGCGAGAGAGACUCGUGGCGCAUUGAGCCUGGCGGCAAGUACUUUGUCGAACGUAACGGCAGCAGUCUGAUCGCUUUUGUCGUUGGUGACGACUACAAGUCUGGUAAUGGUGCUGCUGUCCUCGCUGGUCACGUCGACGCUCUUACUGCCAAACUGAAGCCUGUCAGCAAGAUUCCCAACAAGGCUGGUUACGUCGAGCUUGGUGUUGCUCCUUACGCUGGUGGACUUGGUCCUACCUGGUGGGACCGUGAUUUGAGUAUUGGUGGUCGUGUCCUGGUCAAGGAAGGAAGCAAGAUUGUUACAAAGUUGGUCAAGCUCGGCUGGCCAAUUGCUAAGAUUCCUACACUGGCUCCUCAUUUCGGCACUCCUGCCAACGGCCCAUUCAACCUAGAGACACAGGUUGUGCCUAUCAUCGGUCUUGAGUCGUCAGCAAAGAACCAGAUCGAGCCUCAAGCAAAGGUUGGCACUUUCGCCGCUACUCAGCCUCCUCGUCUGGUUCGCGCUAUUGCCAAGGAGCUGGGUCUCAGUGAUGCCUCCAACAUUGUCAACUGGGAGCUUGAGCUGUACGACAUUCAACCCGCCACUCUUGCUGGUCUUGACAAGGAGUUCAUCACUGCUGGCCGCAUCGAUGACAAGCUGUGCAGUUGGGCCGCCCUCGAGGCGCUCAAGCAGAGCGCCCACAACGGCACCUCCGGCUCUGGUAUCAUCAAGAUGGUCGGUCUCUUUGACGACGAAGAGAUCGGCAGUGGCCUGAGACAAGGUGCUCGUGGCAACUUCCUUCCUAUUGUCAUGGAACGCGCUGUUGGCAGUCUUGCAGGCCAACAUCCCGCCUCAGAUCUCAUGGGCCGCACAUAUGCCAACUCCUUCCUUGUCUCAUCAGAUGUCACCCACGCAGUCAACCCCAACUUUGAAGGCGUAUACCUUGCCAACCACGCCCCACAACUCAACGUAGGCGUUUCAGUCUCUGCAGACAGCAACGGCCACAUGACCACUGACGCUGCAUCUACUGCCAUCUUUACUCGCUGCGCAGAAAAGGUCGGUGCUACCCUCCAGGUCUUCCAGAUCAGGAACGACUCGAGAUCAGGAGGUACCGUCGGACCUAUGCUCAGUUGCGCUACUGGCAUGCGUGCCAUCGAUGCGGGUAUUCCUCAAUUGAGCAUGCACAGUAUUCGUGCUACCACUGGUACUUCGGACCCUGGUCUUGGUGUCCAGAUGUUCCAGGGUUUCCUUGACGGCUUUGAGGAAGUUGGUGCCGAGUUCAGAGAUUAA